AUGUCAUCGCAACAAGAUAUGAACACUGCAGAACAACCCUCCUGUGGCAACCCCCUUGAGCGCGAUUUGCCAAAAGGGUGGAUCAAGCUCCAAAUUUGGGUCAAGGCAAACUGGGACGUGUUUGCCAACGAUUUUGAGGUAGCCACUGCGGUGCUAUCUCGACUAAAAGGACCUGUGGUGGGUCGAUACGCCCAAGUAAGACUGCAGGAAUGCUACACCGCGGGAGUGUGGCCGACCUGGGACGAUCUCAAAAAAGAGAUCGAAAAAUAUUUCAAACCGCAAGCUGAGCGUGACUGGGCACAUCAGCAAAUCCAUUCCUUCAAACAAGGAAACAUGAGGACGGAUGACUAUGUUACCUGGUUCCUGGCCCUCUCCAUCCAAGGAGGGCUUGGUAAUGAACACGCAGUAAAACUGCUGGAACGCAAUGUGAACCCUCGCAUUGCAGAACAGAUCUAUCUGCAGGAUACUAGAAACAAGAACUUGGCCCUGGCAGCUGAGGAAGUACGAAGAAUCGGUAGAGCCAUGGAGCUUUACCAAAUGCACCAAGGUGGCGGUGUCGAUGAUGAGAACUGUUGUUAG